AUGGUUCUAGACGCAGGAGGUGGUACAAUCGAUAUCACAGUCCACGAGGUUCAAGAAUCUAACACGCUAAGAGAAGUAAGAGCGGCAAAUGGCGGUGCUUGGGGUGGAACUUUGGUGAACAAAGCAUUUGAGGAAUUCUUAAGGGAAAUUGUUGGUGAUCUCGUGAUCGAGUCUUUCAAAAUGAAAGAUACUGAAGAUUGGCUUUACAUGUCACUUCAAUUUGAAGCAAAGAAGAGACAGAUAGAAAUCAAAUCGCCUAGGUACAUCACCUUUCGUUUACCAUUAUCUCUGAUUGAAUUAUGUGAAAGGUUAAAUGGAAUGCAUAUUCGGGAUGCAGUUGCUGCCUCAAAGUAUGCUGAAAUAGUUGAUAUAGUCCGUGAUAAACUUAAACUCUCAAAAGUUGUUUUUUUCUAUAUGUUUGGUCAAACAUUACAAAGAACAGUUGAUCAUGUUAAGUUUUUAUUUAGAGAAACAACCAUUAGAGAAGUUGAUAUCAUUCUUAUGGUUGGUGGGUUUUCAGAAUCACAGUUGCUGCAGGGCAAGCUCUGAAAGAAGCAUUUCCGAAUAAAGAAAUAGUCGUUCCAUUUAACCCUUUCAUCGUGUGUACUAAGAGGUGCCUUGAUGUAUGGCCAUACACCUUUGACGAUAAAUGGCAGAAUUCUAAAGUAUACAUAUGGCGUAGAAUCAUGUAUAGACUUUAAGGAAGGUCAUCACCCAGAUAAGAAGAAAAUAAAUACGGAUGCCGGGUUUUGCUGUGAAGAUAACUUUUCAAUCUUUGUGGCGAAAGAUACCGUUGUUAAGUCAAAUGAUACGUACAUCAAACAAAGAUUUACGACACUUUACAAGUAUCAAAAAGCAAUGACUGUUAGUUGCUUCCUAUCAGAGAAGAAAAAUCCAAGUUAUGUUGAUGAAAGAUGGAUGUUUAGA